AUGCCUGUGCCCAACAAACUAGUCGCUUUCCUGGUCAGUUUCUUUUUUUUUUUAAUUUUUCGUGAAAAAAGUGCUUUUCAGUUAGCCGCCUGCCUCCUUUCCCUUGUAAACAAUGCACUGAGUGCGAAACAAGCGGUGGUGUCGAAAAAGUCGAAACUAUGCGGAAAUGCGGCCUGCGAAGGUAAAUUUUUGACGAAAAAAUGAACAAACAAACGCCUUUUUCUUGCAGAGAUACUGUUCAAGUCUCGAGUCAAGCGCGUCAUGGGCGUCAACAAUGAUCCGAGUUUUCUGAACCUCGCCGAAAACGCGUUCAUCUCGGUUGUCGCCGUCAAAUUCAGCGAUCGGCCGGAUAUUAUGGAAGGACGAGUGAGUUUUUUAAUGCCGCGUCCAAUGUCUCGGAAAAACCGUAAAAACCGCAGAUUUUGCUGUCCAAAGUCGGCCGAAAUUUGCGUGAAAAACGGGGGUGUGCACAGCUCAAUGAGUGUAACCGUACCCCUAAAACUACGGUAUUUUUUGAAAAUUUGCGCAAAAAAUUUGAAUAUUUUCAAAUAACCUCAAGAAAUUAACAAAUUUUCAAAAAAUACCGUAGUUUUAGGGGUACGGUUACACUCAUUGAGCUGUGCGCACCCCCGUUUUUCACGCAAAUUUCGGCCGACUUUGGACAGAAAAAUCUGCGGUUUUUACGGUUUUUCCGAGACAUUGGACGCGGCAUAAACGUUUUUCUCCGGACCAAAACUUGAAGUUCUAUGUCCCCGCCCCGAAGGUUCCAAAACUUGAAAAACAUUUGUCUAAAAGUUGGCGCAGCGAUAGAUCGCAACCCUAGAGCCGACUUUUAGCAAGUUUACCGCACGCGCAUUUCAUUUUUUCGCUAAAAAAAUCUUCGGCCCGGCCCCGAUUUUCGACAAGUCUGGUAAAUUCCAAUUUUCAGCUCAACGACGACGGUCCAACCGGAUUCUUCUACGCGGGCGCGAUCGAUCUCGCGCCGUUUGCCGAGUUCCUGCGCACGGCGAUCGACGAGAAGAAGGAGAUGCUGAUGAUCAGCCAGAGUCCGUCGGACGUCGGCGAGAAGCGAGUCGUCGGCGUCGUUCACUCGGAGACCGAUCUCGUGAGGGACUACAACGCGAGGAGUGCGGAAGCGGCUCGAGAAGCCGGACUUCCACCGCCGGAGCCUCUUCCGAUCCCCGAACCGACCGGUGGGCAUGGUCACAGCCACAGCGGACAUGGACACAGUCACGGAGCACACGGACACUCCCACAGCCACAGCCAUCCCGCACCGACUCCACCACCUGCUCCCGUUGUUCCCGAGAUCGCAGAAGUUCCGCCAGCAGUCCCAGUAGUCCCAGUAGUUCCAAAAGUACCAGCUACACCGCCGGUUCCAGUUCCAGAAGAGCUAAAAGCCGCCGAAAUAAACAUCAAUAACGUGCUCGGAACGCCGCCAACCCUCCCGCCGAACGGAGAACUGCCAAAGACCGACGAAAUGGACGCGGAAAUCGAACGAUUGAUUCAGGAAGAGGCGGCAAAGUACGCAAAAGCGCCCGAGGAGGCGAAAAAGCCCGAAGAGGUGACCCAACCGCCACUGGUGCUUACUUCUUUGCCCGACGAGCCGGUGACUCCGCCCACGCCAAUUGCGGAAGAGCCCCCGGUGCCGCCUGUGGUCGAGUUCCACACGACUAUUCCGACGCCGAUCCAAGAAGAGCCCCUGGUGCCCGUUCAAGCGGUCACUCCGCCGCCGAUCGUUGAAGAACCGACGACGACACCGGCUCCGAUUCCAGUUUCUCCAGUCCAAGAGCCGAUUUCUCAGUACAUUCCGGAGCCAGAGCCUGUCGUCCAAGAGCCAGUCACUCCGCCUCCAGUCGUCGAGGAGCCAGUCACUCCGCCUCCAGUCGUCGAGGAGCCAGUCACUCCGCCUCCAGUCGUCGAGGAGCCAGUCACUCCGCCUCCAGUCGUUGAGGAGCCAGUCACUCCGCCUCCAGUCGUCGAGGAGCCAGUCACUCCGCCUCCAGUCGUCGAGGAGCCAGUCACUCCGCCUCCAGUCGUCGAGGAGCCAGUCGCAGUCCCUACGGAAGCGUCGCCGGUUCCAGUUCCAGUUGAGGAGGAGCUCACGGUAAGCGUAAACGUCCCCAUAAUGAUUUUUGUGUCCCUCUAUGCCCUUUUGUACGUACCUUGUGACGUGUUUCCUCUUAAGGGCGUCUGCUACAAAGAAGAGUGUGACGGAUUGCAGACCACGCCACCGCCACCGUCCCCGAUCGUCGAAAAUAAGAGCCAGGAAGAGGAGGAUUUCCAGAAAUGGGAAGAGGAACGGAAGAAACGAGAGGUCGCGCAACCGUACGAAGACGCCUACGCUCAACAAUUCAAGCAUCUGCCGGCGAGCCCGCCCGUCUCCGCCGGCCUCAUCGACUUUAUUCGCACGUCGUUCGGGCUCGGAAACGUAACGGACGCCUCUGUGAUCCUCUACCUCAAUCUGACGUUCUUCGUCGCCUCGCUCCUCCUCUACGUCAUCGUCAGAAGCCUCUCGUCGUUCUCCGAUUCGGAUGUUCUUGACCGACAGUCAGUAUUUUCAAAAGAGACCUCCAAUUGACUAAUUUUGUGGAUUUCAGAGCCUACAUGAAUCUAGUCACCAAGUACAAACAGCUAGAAACGCAGCUGCACGCCAAGAAUGCCGAGAUUCAGAAGUUGCAGUCCUCUGGAGUUCAACAGAAGCAGCAGACGCAGCAGCCGAACCACGAGUCGGAACUUUUGGCGCUCAGACAACAGUAGGAGAUUAUCCAUCUGGAAAACAAUAAAAUCCAUUUUCAGAGUGAGCCAGCUUCACACCGAACUUCAAAUCGCCCACUCCCAACGUCAAGAAUUCGAGAUUCACUUCAACGAGCUCCGAAGUGUUUCCGAGCAAAAAGAGCAGCAAAUCGUCGCGCUCAACGAGCAGAUCGCCGAUUACUCGUCCCGUCUGGAGAGAUCAAGCGGUGAGGCUCGGGAAUGGGCCCAUCAGCUGGAAACCGCCCGGGCAGAGGUCAAUGCCACACAGCAAUCGGCCUUCUCGCACCAACAAGAGCUCGUUCGGCAGCAGCAGGAGCAGGACGCCACGCAGAAACAGAUUCAGGAGCUAACGUCGGAAGUGAAUGCGUUGCAAACGAGAAUAUCGCAGUUGGAGCAGGUGAACGAUCAGUUGGACGCCGAAUUGAGAGAAGCAAAGAUCGAAAAGUCGUCACUUGUGGAGACUAUCCAGCAGUUGGAACUCGAGAAGAGCCAGAAUGAUGUUGGAUCGUCGCCCGCCGAAUCAGGAGGAUCCGGAUGGUCAGAUUUCGGAGACGAAGUCGAGGAGGAGAAGACUCCGGACGCAUCGAACAACGAGCUCGUCGAAUGUCGUGCGAAGCUGAAGAAGCACGAAGAAGACCUGAAGGAGUUGGCGACGUUGAAGGGGAAACUGAAGGAAGUGGAGAAGGAGCUGAACACGUACAAGACGCGGAAUGAGAAGGAGAACAGCGGAAAAACGGAGACGUCGUCCAAGUUGCGGAGAGCGGAAGAAGAAGUUGCGGAGGCGAAGAAGAAGGUGGAGCAGCUGGAGACGGAGAAGAAUAAACUGGACGAGGACCGCCGGGAGACACUCAAACUGCUAAACUCGCUCGUCGCCAAUCAAACGUCGGCAGCAACGGAAGCCUCGACAAUGAAAGCGGAAAUUGCGAACAAGGACAAGCAGCUGAAGGAGGCGGAGAACGCUCUCCGAACGAAAGAAGAGGAACUGCAGGACGCGAAGGCCGAGUGCAAGCGGGUGCAGAAAGAGUACAGGGCUCUCGAGACGAAGAGUUUCCACGACGUGCUCAAGAUGAAGAAGGAGCUCGAUCAGUUCAAGAUGCAACAGAUCCGCAUGUCGCCGGCUCAUGUCGACAUGCUCCGACCGCCUUCGGAUCGUCAAAUCAUUGCCGACGACGAGCCGCCGAUCUGGGACGAGCCGGAUUUCGGACCGAGUCAUGUGAUGCCACCGCAACUCCAGCAGGAGGACUACUUCUCAUCGAGUAGUCAGACGAUGCCGACGAGGCGACGAAGCAGCCGCCGCAGCCUUCUUCCGUCGGGAAUCGGGGGCGAACUGUCGCCGAGUGACCGCGAGGAAAAGAGCGGGAAGUCGAAGAAGGAGGGCGUGGUGGUGCAUCGAAGACGCUCGCGAAGUCACGGACGCCAGAUGCCCAUCUACCAGGACCAGUACGGAUACGGUGGAGGAGCGAUGGGACCGAUGUACGGAAUGCCCGGAUCUUCCGACUCGAGCUUCAUGUCGGGCCACCUGCCGCCGUUCCAUCCGUUGAGGCACAGCAAGAGCGGACACGUCAACUACUCAUCCGGAGGAUCGAAUGGACCGACGAGUCCGCCGCCACCCGAAAUGCCGUUGCUCGGAGCGAUUCCGCCGCCCGGAGCACGGAAACCGAUCAGCAAACGUGCCGGUAACACGAAUUCAAUAAAAAUGAAACAGAAAUUAAAUUGCAGGUCCGAACAUCCAUGGGAAAUGA